AUGGGAGAGAAGAAAUUUCCACGAGUUGUUAUUUGGAAUGAGUUAAAAGAGCAUGUUGAUUAUUACGAAGAAGUUUUAACUGAUUAUCAUGCAAAAUAUCCUAAAUUAUGUGAAUUCAAAAAAGCUAUACUUCGACAAAAUAAUCGAAUACAAUCAAAAUUAUUUCGAGGAAUUCUCCCAACUAUAGAAAAAUGGGAACGUCUUGAAAAGAAAUAG